UUUCCGUACAAAGUCGAUUCUUAAAGAAAACAUGCACAAACAAUAUCUUUUAUACAUAAACAAUGCAUCAAAAUAUUGUAAAUAGACGGUCGACCGUUCAUGAAACGCUGCUUUUGAUCUUGUUAUGUACCUCGAUUUUGUACGAUGCAGGACGGUAUUUAGUUAACAAGUAAACACAAUCAAAGAUGGAGUCCAACAUCAAUUAAGACAGUUAUUGGUGUGCUUAAUUUAUGUAUUUCCUCGUUAUUGUGUUCGGAUACAGGAAACUUAAAAGCUUAUCAGCCGGGAUAUAGAAAUACCUCGGAAAUAAUGCUAACUUGAAUGUGCACAGUGCUAAGCGUCGUGAAAAACUGAAUGAAUUGUGUGUUCAUGGAAGCUUUUUUUACUUUAGAAGAAAGACAGUGAAACUUGUGAAGUUGCGUGUUGUGUGAAACUGUGUAAAACACUUCGGUGCUGUGUCUUAUUAUAUUCACGUGUUUUAUUUUUAAAAUUGUUUUAGAUAUCACUUCUUAUUCAAUUAAAUAGUAAUCUACAUGAAUGCAUCACCUUUCUAAUAUCUGCCAACAAUUCAUAGACAUAGGUGUUAUAGGGCAGGAUUUUAUGGAAUGGCUUAAUGAAAUGAGGAAGGACUCCAGUCACCAUGUUUUGCUCAGCUUAUAAAUACUGCAGCAUAUACAAUGAAGUGACGCUAUAACGGAGUUAUUAUUGUUUUAUGGAAUUGGAAAUGUCUAGAUAACAAUGCAUUUGUUGCAGACUUGUGUAUUGUGCACAUUUCUGUCAAUAGUGUUGUUCAGUGGAUAUAUUCCGAGAGCGUUGGGCUGUGCCCUAGGAUGUACCUGCACAACCAUACCACGUGAAAAUGAAGCAGUUGGAGACGAGGAAGAUGGGGACCUGUCCAAUGUCGAGGACGGCGAGGGCGAUGAGUUUGCCUCGACACAUGCAACCCGGGGACGGAAAGUGUCCUGCUCCAACAACCCUUACCCUUUUGCAUCGAUUGAUGAUGUCAAACAAGCAAUAACAAUACCAUUGGAUACAAUUUAUUUGGAUUUAAGCAAGAAUGAGAUCACCAUCAUCAAGAAAGCCAGUUUCAGUACGCUGUCGUAUUUACAGAGAUUGGACCUGAGUGAGAACCAGAUCAGCCUGAUAGAGCCCGGGGCCUUCGAGGGACUCAGCCAGCUACAGAGGCUGGAUUUGUCUAAGAACAAGCUGGGCAGUGUCAACAGCAGCAUUUUCACGGGUUUACCAAAACUUGAAAAACUAGUCCUGUCUUUCAACAAGCUGAACACAGUACCUGAUGGAACAUUCAAUGAGUUGCCUUCCCUUAAAAGAUUGGAUUUCCAGUCAGACUAUCUGCGGUGUGACUGUCACCUCCAGUGGAUUGUGAACUGGAGUAAGGACAGAAAGGUCAAGAUUCGCUCCAGUACGAUGUGUGCAGUGCCUCGUGACCUUCAGGGGUCACCUGUGAAGAAACUCAAGAGGAAGGAUCUGCACUGCGAUCGCCCCCUGGAGCUCCCGUUCUUCGAGAUUGUUCCAGGGACCAAUCAGAUCGUCUUCGAGGGCGACAAGAUCCCGCUGGAAUGCCAGGCAGCCAUCGUUGACCCAAAGACUCAGAUGUUCUGGUUGCGCCGCAACCGGGUGGUGGAGACUAACCGGUCGCAGGAGAUAUUUGUGCACACGCGCCGAUCGCCCGACAAUACGAUGAUGAUGCACUCUCUGGUGCUUGUGGAUCUGAAAAAAGAGAACUCUGGAGAAUGGGACUGCCUGGUGUCUACACCACAGGGCAAUGUUUCAAAGACAGUGUUUCUACGGGUGAUAAACAGCCAGGCCACACAAUGCGAAAAGAACACAACGAAGACCAACAAGGGCUUGUACAUCUGGAAAGAGACCGUGGCUGGUCUCACCGUGGACCAGCCGUGUAAACUCGGGGAAGGCAAGGUUACACAUCACUGUGAUAGCAGCGGGCAUUGGUCGGAUCUGAACCUGGCAGCGUGUGAGUUUACAAACGAGCUCACACGGAAACUGCAGACACUGGCUGAGGACACAAACUCUUCCAAGAUUCUUGCUGAUGCGCGGGCCCUGGAGCGUUUGGUGUCUGCCCCAUUCAGGAAUGAUGAAGACCCUCUCUCUACUAUCAACUCGGAGUAUGUGGACUUCGCCUCUCUUACCAUCUACCGGCUCAGUCAGCACGCAGACCUCGGAGAAGAGAUUGUUAAGUCAGUGCUCUUGAGUGCCAGCCGCAUCAUGAACAUUAGCACCAGCAUUCUGAAUGAGGCACAGAGGAAGACAAAGUCCCUUACAAGAAUAUCACAGGCAGUAGAAAGCAUACCGAGGCAGGUAGCCAGCAAAGACAAGUAUAGCCAGUCGUCCCAGCUGAUCAUCAUCGAAACACGCUCGUUUCCACGCCAACAGUUUCCGGGAAUGCAGUGCUCCAGACUGGACCUCAAACUGGACAUGACUGUGAACAAGUUGGUGCAGGAUCCGCCUGGUUUUGUGUUUGUCUGCAACCAGCCCAGCAACACGGAUACGUUCUCGUAUCUGGAUACGGAUCCGCUUACAUCAGUCCUGGUUCCAAAGUCCAUCUUAAGAAAUCCCACACCAACAGUCACGACUGAGGACAACAUAACCACAACAACCCGCGCCCCCGACAACAGUAGGCUCACCUUUCAGUUCAUCUGGUAUGCAAAUGCCAACCUGUUUCCCAUGACAACGAGUCACCAUGACGACCCAGUGCUGAGAGGAAAGACCUGGGUGGUGAUCUCCGCAGUACUGUCAGUGUCACUGUUGGACAGCGUAUCUCCUGACCAGACUGCACAACUGAGCCAGUGUCCAACCUGUCUGAGCCCAUUGAGAUCGUGCUUUGAGAUCCCGCCCACUGACAGCGAGCUCACUGCUGCCUACUGGGAUUACACUGCCAACGAUGACAAUGGGGACUGGCGUACGGAUGGCUGCAUCAUCGUAGAUAGGCGUCCCACGCUGGCAACAGUCCACUGUGACCACCUUACAGCUUUUGCAGUUCUCAAGGAUUUGAGCCCUGUGCGCACCAUGGUGUUUCACAUGAUGGCUAUGGUGGUCUACAUAGGCAGCUGUGUAUGCCUGCUCUGUCUCAUGGCUGUAAUCAUCACAUAUGUAUCCUGCUUCAAGUUCUUGAACGUGCCCCGUAAGAUGAAGCACUCGAUCAUCAACAUCUGUCUGAGCCUGCUGCUGCUCAUUAUCGCGUUCACAAUGGGUGUGCAGCGUGUGGACCAUGAGCGUGCGUGCCAGGCUGUGGGGAUCUCGCUACACUACCUCUCCAUGGUCACACUCUUCUGGUUCACUGUCACAGCCAGCAACAUGCUGAAGAAGUUCCGUAAGAAGGAGCACCCCCCUCCACCCCCGAUGGAUGCCAUCAUGCCCAUGCCCCCAAAGCCAAUCAUCCGCUUCUACCUGCUGGCCUGGGGCGUCCCCUCCAUCAUAUGCGGUAUCACCGCGGCCAUCAGCUUUGAGUUCUACAGCGAGAUCAACUUUUGUUUCUUGGACUGGGAGCCUAGCCUGGGAGCAUUCUUUGGCCCGGUGGCCUUCCUCCUGUUGCUGAACGCGAUCUUCUUCCUGCGUACUGCCUGCAUCAUCCACAGCUCUACGGGUCCACUGCUGAACGCCGAGGAACUGCAAGAGCUGCAGAGCAAUGACAUCGAGAUGACGGGGAACACGGACCAGAUUGAGACCCAGUCUAUUGACUCAGAAAUGAGCACGAAGUCGUCUGUGACGAGUAAUAUGGAUUGCGAGAGGCGACCAAUCACACAGUUGCGUGCCUUAGCAUUGUGUCUGAUUUUGUUCAUUUUUACUUGGAUGUUUGGUGCUAUAACUGUUGCCAAGCCUUUUACGGCUUUGCCAUAUCAGGACAUUAUGUUUAGCUACCUUUACGGGAUAUUCUGUGCAAUUCUUGGAUUAUUUAUGUUGAUUUAUUUUUGUCUGACGCGCAAAGACUCGCGGUUGAGCUGGAAGCGCUUUUUCAUGUGCGAACAGCAAGCUGUUUUGAAUGCAGCCCCAGUUAAUGUGAACACUGAGUUGAUGCCUAAUGGGCAUAUUAAUAUGGGCAGUGUGUCGGAUAUAUCGAAAGUGACUUCUGCUGUGGUCUCCAAUCAUGUGAUGACCCAUAUCAUCAAGAGUGAUGAUGAACUGUCUUCCAUUCAUCUAGUCCCUUCUAAACCCACGUCAGCUGUUGAUGGGUCAACGCACAACAACAGCAUAAACGAGGCGUCUGCUGCCAGUUUUUAUAAUCCCAAACAGAAUGGGGUAGCAAAAAAGUUCUGGGAAAAGAAGAACAAGCAUAAUUCGAAACUGCUGAGCAAAGAGAUGACAAAAAGCUUGAAUAUAAAUCACUCUGACAGUGACUUUUCCAGUUCAGAGCACCCUAGGGCAGUUGGUCUUGGGUAUAACAGUGAUCAUGGUAACCCAGGGCAGCAAAGGGCAGAUAUGGAUUCACAGGUGUACACCAAUGGCGGUGAAUCCGAUUGUGCCAGUGCUUUAUCACCCACCGACCCACAGCCUCCCCCCAGUUACAACUCUGUCAUGACCCACCUCUCAGCCACCGCACAGCCUCUAGACAUGUUCUCAGAAGCAUCUUACCAUGGGGGAAAUCCCAACAUGCAUCACUCUCGAACUCACAGCUCAUCAUCUCUGGGCAACCGUAACCAUAGUAGCGCAUUUUCGGUUGUCCCGCCACGGAACAACACUUUACCAAAACAGGGUAUUACCGGUAGACAACCGUCUCACUCCAUGCCUUCGAGUCCAGAACGGGAGAUACAAGAGAACACGGUGUCCGUACUGAGCUCGGUCGCUCGCCUGGGCGAUUUUGACGGCUCCAGUCAGGUGAGCAGCAAUUACAGCCACGAGAGAAUGAGGUCCCCCCGCCCCGGGGAUCCCCAGGUAAUCUCUGGGUACUGCAGCCCAGCACUACAGGGUUCCUUCUACAAGCAAUACGGCCCUAUCGACGGGCAGCCAGCCGUAACCAUGGCGGCACAGCAGAAUCAGACAAACAGGAAUCGGGUGAAUUCUGGUGGAAACAGUUCUGAUAGUAGUAGCAGGCAUAGAAAGCAGAUGGAGAAUAAUUUUAUUCAACAGGUUGAACAGCGAAUACCUCAGGUUGGCUUGGUGGGCAGUCUAAAGCCAGUGAAUCAUUUGAAUGUGAAUGGGGUGAACCAUGUUGUGCACAAGCCUCCCAUUUCGCCAGUUUCAGACAGUGAUAAUAACGGGGAUCGAACGGUUUUCCCAGAUUCAGACAGCCAGGUGAAUUACAAUAAACCUCAAAAACAGACGUCGCGGUCAAUUGACUCGGAUCACAAUUCAGAACCUGCGUCUAAGUCACACAAAAACGGCGGGUCUCGUGUUUCACGUAAAAAUUUGAAGCAAGGAAUGACCAAACAGCGGUCAUUAGAUUGGGACGAGCAGUUUGCUGAUAGUAAAAGUCAGUCUCAUUCAGUGCCAUAUGCAUAUGUUAAUCACAAUUACACAGAACGGGUCUUACAAAAACUCACAGACAUGGCGUUAUCAGAACACAUUGACCCGAAGAGCAAGGCGUUUUGGGUGCCGCGAUCGUCUCGAAGUUACAAUCAGCUUGUGCAAAAGGAGAAGGCGCGGUUGUGUGAGGAUAGCUCAAAUACUAGUUCGGAUGAUGAUGAUGAUGAUGAUGACAGUCUGGACAAUAUCUGGGUGCUUCAAAAGGAGAAGAGAGCUAAGAAAAACAAGAAGGAGACCAGUGUUUAGCAUAUUUUAUUGUACAAAAUGUGUAUGGAAGUGAAAAUGUUGUGGAUGUGCUAAAUUGUGGUUUUGCAUAUUUGUAUCAAGAUUUAUUGUGAUUCAUUUAGCAGGAAAUAUGAUUUACUUGUUCAUAUUGAUUACUAUUUUCGUACCAAUUCUGUGGUAGCCUUUUAUGUUCAUUUUAUUUAUAGAGAACAGGUUUGUUAAUUUCUAUUUAGAAUUUUAUGUUUAAAUUCAUCUUUAGAUAGCAUUAUUAUUGGUACAUAAGUAUUACAUACAUUUUCUGUUUUCAUUUAGACAUUUGGGUAAGUGUAGUAUCAUUCAAAGAAGAUGAUCUUAAGUUAAGUAAUAUAGUUCAUCAAUUUCUCUCCGCUAAGAUUCAGCUGUUGUUGGUUGUUCUUUGUUUGUUUAUUACCAUCUACAAUUUAUAAGACAGAUUUCAAGUAGUCUCUAAUAUUAUUAAUAUGUAUAUUAUUAAUGUGUGUUAUCAUGUAAUUGAGCCGGCCACUGGGAAAACGGGGUUAAAUGCAUGUGCAUAUAGUUUUGUCCCAGAUUAGCCUAUGCAGUCAGCACAUUUUUUUAAAGGAACUCUUUGUAUCAAAAAUCCUGUAUAAGGGGAAAGUGUGAUCCCUGAUAAGCCUGUUGGACUUUACCAGCUAAUCUUGAUGGACACUUAAAGCACAUGCUACACCUGUUGGACUUUACCAGCUAAUCUUGAUGGACACUUAAAGCACAUGCUAAGCCUGUUGGACUUUACCAGCUAAUCUUGAUGGACACUUAAAGCACAUGCUACACCCGUUGGACUUUACCAGCUGAUCUUGAUGGACACUUAAAGCACAUGCUACACCUGUUGGACUUUACAAGCUGAUCUUGGUGGACACUUAAAGCACAUGCUACACCUGUUGGACUUUACCAGCCAAUCUUGAUGGACACUUAAAGCACAUGCUACACCUGUUGGACUUUACCAGCCAAUCUUGAUGGACACUUAAAGCACAUGCUACACCUGUUGGACUUUACCAGCUAAUCUUGGUGGACACUUAAAGCACAUGCUACACCUGUUGGACUUUACCAGCUAAUCUUGGUGGACACUUAAAGCACAUGC